CUUUCCGAUUGUCAAUAUUUUCUCACUUUGUUUUGGAAUCGCACAAAUAAAAAUUAUUUCAGUAUUUUUAACAAUUAAUAAAUAAAUUAAAGAAUCACCCCAUUACUUCCUCAUUUUCGAAGAUUGCAACGAAACACUCGUGAGUCACUGUCGGAUGAGAGAAAUGUCUUCACAAUAGAACCCACUGCCCUCUUGUCGGGUAGUUUUCGAGAUCAAAAGCCGUCACCGGGAAAUGGAUGAAGUUGUCUUUCGAGCGAGUCAGUCGUUGGAUACGUUAAAGGUACAAGCGGGAAUGGCAGCCGAAAAUUCUAUGCGAGUCGUGAGACAAUAUUCCGAUGAGGCGAGGCAACAAGCUGUUAGAGCGAUUCGAGAUCCAGCAUUCGAUACCGUGCGAGAAACUUUGAGGAACAUAUGGGCCAGUUUAGGAAGAAUUGCCGGUAGUGUUUCUAAUUUCGCGAACCAAAUUACCGACCCGAAUGUCAUUCAAGAGCAAUUAGCUUUCAUUUUUCGUGAUGAAAUUUCCCGCAACAACGCUUUUUUCGUGCUAAUUGGCUUGGGAUUCGGCACUACAGGCGGUUUUCUGCUCGGAUUAUGGCUUGCCAGACCUCAUCUUGCCGAACCCAUCAUGAAAGCAGUUGCCUGUGUCUCGUACAAAGAUAGCGAUAACGUCACAAUUUGCCAAACGAACGUUCCGCAUCUUCGAAGUAGCUCCGAUAUUCUCGUAAAAGUUCGUGCGGCAUCCGUAAUGCGUCUCGACGAUCGAAUUUCGCACGGUUACGGCAGAUAUUUGCGACAACUCAUCAACAGAUAUGACUCAUUCCAUCCGGAAUUGCCUCUCGUGCUUGGCAGAAGUUGCGCGGGAAUUGUCGAAGCUGUGGGACGAGGCUCGAAAUGCGGUUUAGAAAUUGGCGAUGAAGUGUGGAUCGCGUCGCCGUGGUAUAAUGCGGGCUUGGCAUCGGAUUAUGUUGUCACGCCGGAAACACUUGUCGCGCGAAAACCCUUUUUAAUUGGCUUCGAAGGAGCUGCAUCACUGCCAUAUAGCGGAUGUGUCGCGUUAACGGCACUAAAAACGGCGAAUUUGAGCGAACACACGACGUCGGGCAAGAGAAUUUUGAUCGAAGAUGGAUGUUCGCCGGUUGGAUGUGUUUUGACGCAAUUGACGAAGAAAUGGGGAGCAUUUGUGACAACGACUUGCCAUUCUCGAAGUGCUCCAGUUGUUAAAGCGUUAGGAGCUGAUGAUGUCAUUACCUUCCAAAAUGACAGUUUUACGCCAUCGUUCUUCGAAGUGAACAUCGCCCAGUCGAAUUUUAUCAACGAAUUGACGUCGCGAGAGAGUUACGACGUGAUUUUUAUAACGACACGCUUGCGUUACAGCACAGACUUUUUCUGGAAGUUCGUGAAGCCAUCAGGAACGGUUGUGAACACAGUUGAGCCUGAUAUUGAUUCUGAUCAGUACGGAGCGUUUAUGAGACUGUUUUAUUCUAUGUACAUUAAGUUAAAAAAGUUUGGCUGUUUCUUGCUGAGGACAGAACCAACGUGGGAUGGUCCUCAUUUGUGUCAUCUUGCACUUGAUCGUCUUGCUGGUUAUGUUAAUGACGGCAUCCUACAAACCGUUGUGGACCAAGUUUACUCGCCGCAUGAAGCGGAGCGCGCCCUUGCGCAUGUGAUGAGCGACAAACGCAUCGGGAGCACACUCAUAACGUUCAGAUGAAAACCGAAGCCGCUUCCGCUACGUGAAAGUUUAUCAGAUUUGAUGAUGACUUAAAACUAACAACAAAUUUUUUGAAGAUUUUUUUCUUUGACGAAUAUACGAAAAGUGUUGAAAAUUUGUGUUCUAACAAUGUUUAAAAGACAAAAAAGUGUAAAUAACGUGCUUUGAAUGUGUAAAUAUUAUAUUGAAAAUUUAAAUAAAAA